AUGCGUUACGUAGCCGCCUACCUACUUGCUACCCUCGGGGGUCAAACUAAACCAACAGCUGCCGACAUUGAGAAGAUUUUAAGUAGUGUGGGUAUUGAAAGCGAAGCUGAUAAAGUUAAAACUGUUAUUGGUGAACUCAGUGGAAAGAACCUUGAAGAUCUGAUCGCUGAAGGUCAGAAGAAACUUGCCACUGUUCCAUCAGGUGGAGGAGCUGCUCCUGCUGCCGCAGCUGCACCAGCCGCUGCUGCAGGUGGCGAUGCCAAGAAAGCUGCCAAGAAAGAAGAACCAGAAUCAGAAUCUGAUGAAGAUAUGGGCUUCGGUUUAUUCGACUAA